AUGAGGGGGAACCAGAUUGCAACAAUCGAGGCUGACGAAGAAAUAGCAGAAAAACUACUAAAUCAGGUAAAACUGCGGCUUGUGUGGCUUAGCUGCCCUAUAAGGAAUAGAGUGGAAAUACCGCGUUGCUACAAGUGCCAACAUUUCGGCCACUUAAGGGAGGAGUGUAAAGGUGAAGACCGCGAAGGGGACUGUCUAAGAUGUGGACAAAAAGGACAUCGAGCAAAGGACUGCAAGGAGGACGCACUUGAAUAUUGCCACAACUGCAACAUACAGGGACACGGGUACAACACAACAAAAUGUCCUGAAUAUAAAAAACUCCUGGAUGCCAAGAGGACGAGGAGAAACAAUAGACCCCUUAAAACCCAACAAUGA